AUGUCCCGCACGAGGAUACAAGUACGAUUGUUGUUGAUGUCCUGGAGCAGUUUGUUGAUGGCAUCCCCCUGUGCAAAAACUUUAUCUUUCAUGUCAGAGACUCAUCGGGUGUUAGGACUUCCGUUAAGUGACCUCGAUUGCGUGUCCCGAUCUGGCAGCGAUCGAAAAUGGCGCGCACCUGUCACCGAACAAGAUAUUUCACAGCAAGCUUCAGGAACCCCCGUGAAUUGCAAUGGAUCCAUAGUGCUAGGCUAUUGGUGGAUAGCGACAUGUUGAGAGAUCACGUCUGAUUUUCCGGAUUUACCUUCUCCGUCAAUCCAUACCGUCGCAUUGUCUACGCUUAGGCGUGCCACUCGUUAUUCGCCUGAAUUGAAUGCAUUCUGGUUCCAAGGGUCAUCAGGUA